AGAACUAAAACGAAAUUUAGUACACGACUCCAUGAAGGAACAACUCCAAUAAAAAUAGCUUAAAUUCCAUUAUAAUUUAACCUUCACAAUUCUUUUCAUAUUUGCAACACAAACUACAAUAAUAAAGACAUCAUGUCGAGCGUUGGUUCAAAGAAAAAUAAGAAAAGAAACGCGUUUUGGACAUUUGCACAGCGUUUUAUGCGAGAAAACAACAUUACUGACAUUGAAACAGGAACACAAGAAGCGGGUUUAAUAUGGCAGAAUUUGAGUGAAACGGAACGUCAAGACUAUAGAAAUAAACUCAAGCGUCAAGAAAGAGGAAGUAUUCCCAAUUUAAAUAGCUUUCAAGAAGUCAUCAAUGAUAAAGAAUCACAAAAAAGUCACGAAAAACAAAAACAUGAAGCAAUGUUGCUUGUCAUUGAUGAAAUUCUAACCAAAACUGAGGAAAGCGGAUUAUUGAAAAAUUACACGUUUUACUUCUUCAACUCAUCCUAUUUUGUUCAAACUUCGAGUGGUGAAGUUUUCCUCGCUGAAAUUGCAAUGUCAAAAUAUAAUUUAAUUGAAGGCAUUUACGACUCAUUCAACACCAUUAUUAAUCCUGGUCCUUUGUCAGUGGGCAUGGCUGGCGAAGCAAUAAUACAUGCUGCAAGUACUCACAAAAUUGCAAUGCCAUCUCCUGAUCAAAACAUCUCAAAUUAUAAAGAAAUUCUCGAUCAAAUUUUGAAAUUUCUUGAAGUAGAUGAAGGGAAAACGAUUCCUUUAAUUUUUGCUUUAUCAGGAUCUGAAAACAUUCUUUUACAACAAGGAAUGUCAGCUUUAAAAACAAUCACUGAGAAGGCUGAUUCUAAGUUGAAAUUUCGUUUGAUUCCUGUUGAAUAUUUGCUGUUCAAGUUGUAUCAGAAAUGUAAAGAAACAGCCAACAUUGAUAACCCACUUGAGUUGCCAUUAAUCUCAGCGAAAGCUGUAAUAAUCAAUGAUUUUUAUCAAUUUUACGAUCUUGGUUGUGAAUAUCACAAAUCAAUCGACUUGAGUUUAGAAUGCUGCUUAUCAAAAGUUUUCCGCAUGGGAUUCACAAUCUCAAAAUAUUGCUUAAAUGACAAUGAUUCUAAACGACGUGGUUGUCACUUUCCCCAUACAAUGCUGACGGAAAUUUUGGAUGAUCCUCAAAGCUUGAAUUCUGAUGAAUGGAGCGAAAUAGAAAUUUCUUUUCAGUCCCUUCAAAAACAUUCAAAUAAUUUUAUUCCUUCAAACACUUUGCCGAAACUUGUUCAUGCUCCUUGUUCAUUCAUUGAUUCUGCUGGUAAAAAACUUUCAUCAAUUCAGGAUCAAGAAAUAGUUGAGGAAGUGCAACAAUCUGAAAUUGAAUCUCCUAAAUUAUCUGAAAAUAAGGAAAAUGAUGAUUCACAAGUUGAGAAUUCAAAUGCUUCAAGAUCUGUUCGCAAUUUUUUCACUGGUGGAACUCGUGGACGUGGAAGAUUCGUCAUGUAAAACAAACUUUUUUCUUUAUUAUUCUCAUAAUUCAUUAUUUUUGUGUGAUAAAACAUCAGUUGAUAUGAAAUAAAAUUUGACUUCUUCUAUAAACAUUUAAAUAUUUUUAAUUGCAUAAGAAAACAA